AUGCAGAUCAAGGUCCGAACACUCACAGGCAAAGAGAUCGAGCUCGACAUCGAGAGGGACUACAAGGUCUCGACGAUCAAGGAGAAGGUCGAGGAGAAGGAGGGUAUACCGCCCGUCCAGCAACGUUUGAUUUUCGGAGGAAAGCAAAUGGCCGAUGACAAGACCGCCGAAGAUUACGCAUUGGUCGGAGGCGCAACGCUCCAUCUCGUCCUCGCGCUGAGGGGUGGGAAGCAAUAA